UUAAUCGUUAAGUUUAUUACCGCGAGGCUACGUCGCUAAAUCGUGUCGUUUUCUAGGCGGAAAAAUAUUAUUAAUCAGUGUUAUUUUGCACUUUUAUCUUUAAAAAUGCUCAGUAUUAACAUCGAUGGUGUGAUUCAGCACAGGUGAAACGCACGUGGGAAGUGUAAAAACAUAAACGUGGUGGUACGUCGACGAGUGGAAAUUUGUUAUCAAACAGCUCGCAAGAGCACGGGUAGGCCUCGAGGCAGCUGGCUAUGGCGGAGGCGGCGCCCGGCAAUAUUGUCAAGGAGGGCUGGCUGCUGAAACGCGGCGAGCACAUACGAAACUGGCGCGAUCGUUACUUCAUCCUUUUCGACAAUGGCGACCUGGUGGGCUUCAAGUCGCAGCCCGAGCGAAAUAACUACCGGGACCCCCUUAACAAGUUUACCGUCCGUGACUGCCAGAUUAUGGCCGUGGACAAGCCUCGCCCCAACGUGUUCACUAUCCGUGGUCUUCAGUGGACCACGGUCAUCGAACGGAACUUCGCCGUCGACUCUGAGAGGGAACGCGAGGAGUGGGUGGCGGCGAUCCGCUACGUGUCGUCGCAGCUGAGCGGCGGCGGCGCGGCGGGCGCGGGCCCGGCCGCGGCGCCCGACGGCGACGACCGCGACAUGGCGCAGCUCGGCACCAGCUUCCGCGACCCGCGCCGCAUCACACUGGAGAAAUUCGAGUUCGUAAAGGUGCUGGGGAAGGGCACCUUCGGCAAGGUGGUUCUGAGCCGCGAAAAGGGCACGGGUAAGCUGUACGCCAUGAAGAUCCUCAAGAAGCAUCUCAUCAUCCAGAAAGACGAGGUGGCACACACCAUCACCGAGAAUCACGUGCUCAAGAAGACCAAGCACCCCUUCCUCACGGCGCUGCGCUACUCGUUCCAGACGGCGGACCGCGUGUGCUUCGUGAUGGAGUACGCGAACGGCGGCGAGCUGUUCUUCCACCUGUCGCACGAGCGCUCCUUCAGCGAGGAGCGCACGCGCUUCUACGGCGCCGAGAUCGUGUCCGCGCUCGGCUACCUGCACUCCGAGGGCAUCAUCUACCGCGACCUCAAGCUCGAGAACCUGCUGCUCGACAAGGACGGCCACAUCAAGAUCGCCGACUUCGGCCUCUGCAAGGUGAACAUAACGUACGGGCGCACCACGAAGACGUUCUGCGGCACGCCCGAGUACCUGGCGCCCGAGGUGCUGGAGGACACGGACUACGGGCCCGCCGUGGACUGGUGGGGCACGGGCGUGGUGCUGUACGAGAUGGCGUGCGGGCGGCUGCCGUUCUACAACCGCGACCACGACGUGCUGUUCUCGCUGAUCCUGGAGGAGGAGGUGCGGUUCCCGCGCGGCGUGUCGGCCGCGUGCCGCGCGCUGCUGGCGGCGCUGCUCACCAAGGAGCCGGCGCGCCGCCUGGGCGCGGGCCCGCGCGACGCCGCCGACAUCAUGGCGCACCCCUUCUUCAGCGCCAUCAACUGGGCCGACCUGCUGGCCAAGAAGCUGCCGCCGCCCUUCAAGCCGCAGGUGGAGUCCGACACCGACACGCGCUACUUCGACUCCGAGUUCACGGGCGAGUCCGUCGAGCUCACGCCGCCCGAGCACGACGCCGCCGCGCGCCAGCUCGACCAGUUCCCGCAGUUCUCCUACCAGGACAUCUGCUCGUCGGCGCACUCCGCGCUGUCGCACCUGUCGCAGCACUCCGCGCUCGCCGACCGCCGCCACUAGCCGCCCGCGCGACCUCACGCGACCACGCGCUACCACGCGCGACAACACGCGACCACACGCGACAACACGCGACAACACGCGACCGCUCGCUCGACACCCCACGAAUGGCGCUGCCAAUCCACAUGUCUAAUGAACGCGUAACGUCACAUUAUCAGAGAACUCGACUUGUAUCCAGCCAAUAUAUUAUAUAGAUCAUAGGUAUUUUUAAUUUAUGCUUUUUAUGUUUAAGUUUUAUUGAUGUUAUUUUUUAUGUUCAUAGUGUUUUCUCUGUCAAUAAUUCAUUGCUUUAAAUAUUGAUUGUAAGUACAUUUUAUUAAAUAGAUUAUUUAUAACAAUGAAUUAUACUAUAAAAUUAUUUACGUUAUCAAAACUACGAAUAGAAUUGAAUUUUGAAAGACAGAUAUUGGACUGUAAUUAUGUUUCAUUAUCAUAUACGAAUAUGUAGUAAUACCCGAUCUAUAAAGGACCUCGAUGUUGUGUAUUGUAAGAAGUUUAAGCAUAAACUUAUAUAUAAGCGAUUUUUUAAGUUUGCGUGUAUAUGAAUGCAAAAUAAGAACACAUUCAAAGAUUUCUCUACCCAAAGCGUCGAGCGAGACGGCUGAAGGAAAGCAUUUAAUUUAUAAUUAACUAACGAGUGUACCGCGUGGCCGGCCCCUGACGCUGCGUCGCGUCGCGUCGCGUGUGGCCGUGUCGCGAGUCGCGAGUCGCGAGUCGCGUGUCGCACAUGUCGCGCGUCGGUCGCUGUAACACUUGACUGCCGCCAAAUAGAUGUAAGGUUAUAGUGAAUGUUGGAGUUGUGACUGCUCGAGUGUAUAAACUCAACAAUCAAUAUAAAAUCUCAUAGCAAGUUCACCAGCGAAAUGUUAACUUGUAUCACGAAAUCGAAAUUUCAUGCUUUAUUUUGUAUUCGGACGACUUUCGGGCCCGGCCUCGGAGUAUCGCCAGUGUCUGCCAGUGUCGGCCAGCGCUGACCAGUGUCUGCCAGUGUCGGCCAGUGUCGGCCAGUGCCAGUCGACAGUACUGGGCCCGCGCGCUCGAACGCGCUCUAUAUUUUCUUUUGUAUAUAUUAUAAUAAAGUUAGGGUUAAACUAAA